CGCAGCAGGAAGGAGGAGCCCCCCCCCCCCUCCACCUCCACCAACCUCCACUUCCUGGCCUUUACCCGACAACCUCUACUGUUACCCGGCUCACACGUCGGCAAACGUCCCUUAAAACAUCCUAAAACAUGUACCGGUAUCUCGGAGAGCUCCUCGGCCGUGGAGCGGGCAGCGUCCUGGCCUCCAGCGGCUCCUCCACCGCCUCCACCGCCGCGGACUCCGCUCUCCCCGCCGCCGCCUCCCUGCUGCGGUACCGCGGCUACAGCCAGGCCGUGGACCGGGACGACGACCCGAACUUCUUCACCAUGGUGGAGGGCUUCUUCGACCGCGGAGCCGCUAUCGUGGAGGACAAGCUGGUGGAGGGCCUGAAGAACCGGGAGACGCCCGAGCAGAAGAAGAAGCGGGUUCGCGGGAUCCUGAGGAUCAUCAAGCCGUGUAACCACGUCCUGAGCGUCUGCUUCCCCAUCAAGAGAGACAACGGAGAGUGGGAGGUGAUCGAGGGCUACCGGGCUCAGCACAGCCAGCACCGGACGCCCUGCAAGGGAGGUAUCCGUUACAGUACAGACGUGUCUGUAGACGAGGUGAAAGCUCUGGCCUCGCUGAUGACCUACAAGUGUGCUGUCGUCGAUGUGCCGUUUGGUGGAGCCAAAGCUGGAGUGAAGAUCAACGUGAAGAAAUACUCCGACAACGAGCUGGAGAAAAUCACCAGGAGGUUCACCAUCGAGCUCGCCAAGAAAGGCUUCAUCGGACCUGGUAUCGAUGUUCCUGCUCCCGACAUGAGCACCGGGGAGAGGGAGAUGUCCUGGAUUGCCGACACCUUUGCCACCACCGUGGGCCACAAUGACAUCAACGCUCACGCCUGCGUCACCGGGAAGCCCAUCAGUCAGGGAGGAAUCCACGGUAGGAUCUCCGCCACCGGCCGAGGAGUUUUCCACGGAAUCGAGAACUUCAUCAACGAGGCGGCCUACAUGAGCCAGCUGGGGAUGUGUCCCGGCUUCCACGACAAGACCUUCGUCAUCCAGGGUUUUGGUAACGUGGGUCUUCAUUCCAUGCGUUACCUUCAUCGCAAUGGGGCGAAGUGCGUCGGAAUCGGAGAAAUGGACGGAAGCAUCUGGAACCCCAACGGCAUGGACCCCAAAGAGCUGGAGGACUACAAACUGGAACACGGGACCAUCGUCGGCUUCCCGAACUCGACGCCGUACGAAGGAAGCAUCCUGGAGGCCGACUGCGACAUCCUGAUCCCCGCCGCUAGCGAGAAGCAGCUGACCAAGAGCAACGCACACAAGAUCAAGGCCAAGAUCAUCGCUGAGGGAGCGAACGGUCCGACCACACCCGAAGCCGACCGCAUCUUCCUGGAGAGAAACAUCAUGGUGAUCCCGGACAUGUACCUGAACGCCGGCGGUGUGACGGUUUCCUACUUUGAGUGGUUGAAGAAUCUGAAUCACGUCAGUUACGGUCGACUCACCUUCAAGUAUGAGCGAGACUCAAACUACCACCUGCUCAUGUCGGUUCAGGAGAGUCUAGAGAGGAAGUUUGGGAAACAUGGCGGUGCCAUCCCCAUCGUCCCCACCUCUGAGUUCCAGGCCAGGGUCGCUGGAGCGUCUGAGAAGGACAUUGUUCACUCAGGGUUGGCCUUCACCAUGGAGCGCUCUGCCAGGCAAAUCAUGCGAACAGCCAACAAGUAUAAUCUUGGUCUGGACCUGCGGACGGCGGCGUACGUCAACGCCAUCGAGAAGGUCUUCCAGGUUUACAACGAGGCCGGCCUCAUCUUCACAUAGAGGCACCCCUCAUCCACCUGUCUCUCUGUUACCUGUCUCUCUAACUUUCUACCUGUCUAUCUACCUGUCUCUCUACCUGUCUACCCGUUUAUCUACCUAUCUACCUGUCGGUCUGUCUGUCUGUCUGUCUUCCAUCACCUCAGCAGGACCCAAUCAGAGUCCAGCGUUUACAGUUUUUUGCACAGCAGCAGUGUGAAUGAAUCUCUGUGUGUGUUCAUUCCUUCUUCAUCACGUCUGUUUACCUUCUUCUUCUUCUUUUUCUUCUUCUUCUUCUUCUUCUUCUUCUUCUUCUUCUUCUUCUUCUUCUUCUUCUUUUUCUUUUUCUUCUUCUAAUGAGAAAUUGAAACAAACCACAAAAACUUACGGUUUUACAGCUUUAACGCCGCCAUGCUGCUUUAUACACAUAUCAACUUAUCUCGAUAUAUAAAAGCCUUAAUGAGUUUACCUGCAACGCGCCGUGUGGCCAAACGUAUGUGGACGCCCUCAGUCACAGACUUCAGUGUUUGGACUCGAGCUGAAACGAUUAGUAUCUGCUUCCAGCUUCUCAAAUGUGAAUAUUUCCUGAUUUUCUUUGUCUUUUCUGACAGUAAACUGAAUCUCUUUGGACAUCUGAAGACUUAUCAUCUACAAUUUUCACUACAGCUGCAGCUUCAAAUAUCAUGUUUUUAAGUCCAAAACAUAAAAAUAUUUAGUUUACUGUGAUAGAAAACCAGAAAAUAUUCACAUCUGAGCAGCUGGAAAUGGAUAAUUUUUGCUUUAAAUCAUGAAAAUCAAUUAGCUGAUUAUCACAGUAGUUAAAUAUCCAGUGUGUUGUGACGUCUUGAAACGUAGUUUGAAUGUAAAACACCUGAAGUUAUCCAGCGAUUGUUGGAUUAUCACAAGGCUGGAAGGGCAGAAUGUUAUCAGGCGUCCACAAACUUUAGUCCACAUGUUUGUCUCUAUAGAUUUAUCUUCUUUUUAUUAUAUAAUGCAGUGCACAUGUGCCUCAGGACUUUAAGCUUUAAUAGUUACUGCCUUUUGGAGUUUAGAGUUACUUUAUUAAAGGAUCAUUCUGGUGUUUUGUGUGUGUUUUAAUUCCAAAUCAUCCGUCAGAGUUUACAUCAACUUCCUUUCUUUCUGUAACAGUCAACCUGCAGAGAGAGAUGAUUAGUCAGUUUAAUCAAGUUUAUUUGUUGUUUAAAGUACUUUAAAUCCUUCAAUCUACACGUAUAACUGCCUCUCCUUUUUCUGUUUAAUAUUUUUAUUAAGAAAUAUGGUGCAUGAAAAGACGAGAAUCAAAAAUAGAAACAUAAUAAUAAUAAUAAUAAUAAUAAUAAUGAGUCAAAAGAAAAAAAUUAUAAAGUUGUAAAUUUGUGAGAAAAAAGAAAUCAGAAUUAUCUCUCUCUGAAUAUCUUGUCUUCUCUCGCUUUAGAAAGGACAUUAUUAUAUUAUUAUGUGAGCACAGAAAAUUGACAAAUCAAAAACAGAUAAAAUACCAGUUGGUUAAAACAUAAAAACCUCUGGAAUGAUCCUUUAACUGUUAGCUUCCUCUGCUAGCAGAGACCUUUAGCUCUUGUCGUUAUAUAAAGUUGAAAUUAAACCAAAAAACUUGUGUUUUCAGAUUUCAGGUCACGACACAAUUGCAGCUAAUACUUAUGCUAAUCUAUGCAGUUAAACUUGUUACAGACCCGUCAACACGAUGAUUCUCUCAAAGUUCUGCAUCAGAAGAAAGAUUGAUGAAUACAAACUCGUCCUCAGUCAGUGUGGGAAGUCUGUCACAAAAACAGGACUUUUUACAGAGUAUGUAAACGCACAGAAACGCACAAAAAACAUGUGUACAUGUAGCAUGAUGGCUGAUGAUCCUCCCAGAGUUGAAUUAAUGGUGCUCUAUGUAAAACAUCCUGUAUUAUACUGAGAGGAACCCACUCACCAUCUCAUUAAACAAAUAUGUAAUAAUCGGUUAAAAAAAACUGACAGAAAAUGAAUCUUCAAUCAUUUUGAAGUCAUUUUUACGAUGGCAUAUUAGGGCCAUUGUAGGAAUAAAAACAAAUUUUAUAUAUAUAUAUGUAUAUAUAUAUAUGAAUAUAAAUACACAAUAUUGAGCGGAGGUAAUAUUUCGAGAAAAAACUGAGAAUUUCUUAAUUUUAAAACAGAAAUUUACGAGAAAAAAAUCUCUGAGAUUAAAGUGGCAAAUUUACAAGAAAAAAAAAUCAGAUUUAUGAGAAAAGAACUCAGAUAUUCUUUAAGAUUAUAAAGUCACAAAUUAAUGACAAAAAAAUCGAAAAUUUGCGAGAAAAGAAAUCAGAUAUUUUCUGAGAUUAUAAAAUCGUAAAUUUGUGAGGGAAAAACACAAAAAGGUGGUAAUUUAUUUUUCUGAGUUUUUUCUCCGAAUUUCCCCCCCCCCGGCUCCGUAAUAUUAUUUCUUUACCUAUAAUGGCCCUGAUACGUUGUCGUAUGUCUUUUAUGACUUUGGAAUCUGUGAAUUUAUAAUUUCACUACAGCUGCGACUAACGGUUAUUAUUUUCAUUAUCAAUAACCAUCGAGAUUAAUAAUUUAAGUCCAUAAAAUGUCAGAAAAAACAAUCGACACUACAGACUGGGAACAGAAUCAACUGCCCUUCAGUCAUCAUUUUCAACUAAGCAAAAGUGGAUUUAUUGUUACAACUGCUGCUACUAACAAAUAUUUUUAGGUAAUCUAUUGAUUAUUUUCUUAAUAAUCAAAGAAAACCUGAAAAAUAGUGAAAAAUGUCAAGUUAUUACGUACAGUUUUUUUUUUUUGUUUUUUUUUUUGAAAUGUCCUGUAUUCUACUGAGAUCUUCUAUCUGAGCGAUAAUUCUUUCUGUUUAUAUUUUCAUCUGAUGCUGAACUUUCUGAGAGUUUCAUCUCGACGUAACUAUGCAAACCAGUCUGAUAACUGGUGUCCGAACUGGUCGAACUGGUCAACAGAUGCACAAAUCAAAGAGGAGAAACUGUGUUGUUUAGUGUCAUAGCGCCCCCUCGCUGCCACGCUUCAAACUGCAGCUCACAGUUGACAUUGUUAACUAGAUUAGAGCUUCAUCUCUCAGGGUGGGUCGUUGGGACGCCGGGGGGUCACGUGAUGUUUGAUCUGUCUAUCAGCUCUUUGGGAUUCUGUGUUUUUACGCCUUUUUGUUAAAAUGUUACAGCAAAAAUAAAGUUUAAAAAAGUCA